UUAGAAUAUGAGAUUCUGGAUUUAAACUGGACUUAUGAGGAAGGUGACCAAUAUGGACAAAGGUACCUCCAAAACAGAGCCAUUCAGGGUCCUAAAGCAAAUGUCCAUUAGAAGACACAAGCUUGAGAAAUCAUCCGACAGACUGAGGUCAGAGUUGGAGCACCUGCAGCAGAUCAAUGAUCAACAAGGGGAGAGGAUCUCUAGUUCUCUCCAAGCACUGAAGCAAGAGCAAGAAAUGACAGAUAAACUGCUGAAAUCAGAUGAGAGAUCAGUGGCAGAUCAUGGAAUUUAUGCUCCAGGGAGAGGCAGAGGUAACAUGUCGUCCCGGCCACUUCAGAGAGAACCCUCCAUUCUGAGGCAGCUGAAGACCUGGAGUACCUCAGAUGUCAUCCAAUGGUUAGAACAGAAACAUUUAAACAAGUUCAUCUUCCUCUUUCAAAGGCAUCAUGUAACUGGAGCAGACUUGGCUGACCUUGAGCUUGCUUUUCUAGAGAAGUAUGAGCAUAUCAGUGUAUCAGACAGGGAAGAACUCCUGUCCCAUGUGUAUGAACUGUUACGCUUGGAGCAGUUGGAUGAGGAUGACCCUGCCCGAAUCUCCACACCUACUGAAAAAGAGAAGUACCGACUGGCCAAACAGAUAGCUAAUGAUCACACAUUUCACAGGUCACAGAGUGCACCGGUCACCUUCCUCCCCUCCCAGAGCUCCUCAUCCUCCUCCUCCUCAGUGUCGUCAACCGCCUCCUCACCCACACCCAAACAGAGGAAGAAGUCAGCCUCAUCAGACACUCCAAGUGUCCUCAGUCACAUAAAAACUAAAAUAUCAACCUCAACUAAAGGCACAGAUGUCAGACAACAAAGAGAAGUACAAAAAGGAUUUUUUGAGAAGAAAAAACUCAAGAAAUCGACGUUAAGUUCCUGGUAUGAAGCUUUAGAAGGAAGUGAGAAUGUGUGUGUGUCAUGCUACACAUUACAGAAGAAGGGAGGUACUUUUGGUAUUACCCUGGAGCCUAGUCCAGAUGGUUGGUGGGUUAUCAGCAAUGUCAGUUCCAAUCUAUUGACAGAUAUCAGCUCUGGGGACAGAAUAUUGGAGAUAAAUGGAUGUAGUUGCUUUUCCCUCAAAUCAUCAACUGUAGCUGAUAUACUGAAAACUAACAAUGUUAUACAGAUAGUCACAUGUAAACCAACAGAACCCAGAAGGAACAGCAUGCAUGAUGGCCCUUCAUUGGGGAAUUCCUCAGAUAUCAAAUGGCAGAAAUUCCGUACUUUUUUGACAGAUUUUAGAGACCAGGAUGUUGAUAUCGAUCAAAUGUUAAAAGACAUUCCUAAAGUUGAACUCCAAAAAUUUAAAGAACGGGAAACAUUAAAGAUGGAACUGGAAGAAGCCAAAAACAAAUUUAAGGAACAACAGAUUGUGAUAGACAGAUUGACGGAGGAGGUGGAAGACCAGAAGGCUCUGAUUGAAGAUCUGUCUAAGGAGAGGGAUAAUGCAGUGAGGUCAAGGUCAAGAGGUCAAGGCAGUGAGAAAAGUAUUAAACAAGGAGAGACAGAAUAUUAUAGAAUUACCAUGAAAAGUUUGAAUAUGGAAGAAGCCAGUAAGGAGCAGAUUAUGAUGACUCUGAAGGACAUAGUGAUGGAAGCCAGCAGACAGAAGUUCUAUCUGGACAGACUCAUCUCCUUGGUGAUAGAAGAGUCGCCAUGGUUACUUGACCAGGUUGAUGCCAACUUUGAUGAAAUUUCUAUGGACAAUAAAGUGGAGGAGUUCUGUUAAUUUUUCAAACAAUAAUUGUCAGCCAUUCCAUAUUUAUUUAUUGAUCCAUUUGUCAACAAAUCAAUUAAAGAAUUUAUUCCAGAUUCUUUUGAAACUUGAUAUAAAUUGUUAGUUUUGUAUUCAUUAUGGUGAUUCACAGUAGAGAUAGAAGCUUAUGAAAUAAAACACACUUUGCUGAAAUAUAUUUAUUUGUAGACACAAUAACUGAAAUUAAACCUAAGUACCCUAGAGUUUAUUCAUCUGUUUUAAGAAAAAAAUAUGAGGAUUCUUCUUUGUAAAGUAUAUUUUUGUUUUCUUAGAUGCUUAUGUAGGAAUAUAAUGAUUUUGUUAAAGAAAUUUUGUGUACUGUACAACUGUUACAAUUUGUUAAAAUAUUAUAGCAUUUAUUUGUUUAUGUCCUGUUAUUGAAGAUUAUUAUGUUGUA